AUGAGGAAGCAUAGUAUCAGAGACUCCUUGAAAUCUUUCUUUGAACCUCAUCUUCAUCUUGAUAAUGAUGAAUUGCUCAAAGGAACAAAAACAGAAGUAGAUGAAAAAGUGAAGAAGAUCUUGGGAAUUGUUGAGAGUGGAGAUAUUGAGGAAGAUGAAUCAAAAAGAGUAGUGGUUGCGGAGUUAGUGAAGGAAUUCUACAAAGAGUAUGAGGCGUUGUAUCGCCAAUACGAUGAUCUUACAGGAGAGAUCAGGAACAAAGUUCAUAACGAAAGCUCUUCUUCAUCGAGCUCAGACUCGGAUUCAGACAAGAAGAGCAAGAGAAACGGGAGGGUUGGGAACGACAUGGACUCGGUAAAUAAACAGAUCGAAGCUGCAAAUCUUGAAAUUGCUGAUCUGAAAAAGAAGUUAGCAACGGAAUCCAAUCUGAAUCAGAAGCUUGAAGAUGUGAAGAGAGAGAGAGAUGUAUUGGAAGCAGAGCUUGAGAAGAAGUCUCAAGAAGUUUCUGAGUAUGUGAAUGAGAUUACAAAUCUAAGGGACGAAAUGGCGAAUAAGGUGAAAGAUCACGAGACUACACUGGAAGAAAAUAACCGUCUACAGGCGGAUAAGAACGAAACCGAAGCAGAGCUGGAGAGAGAGAAGCAGGAGAAACCAACGUUACUGAAUCAGAUCAACGAUGUGCAGAAAGCGUUAUUAGAGCAAGAAGCGGCGUACAACACGCUAAGCCAAGAAUACAAACAGAUCAGUGGUUUGUUCGAAGAACGAGAAGCAACAAUCAAGAAGCUAACGGACGAUUACAAACAAGCUCGAGAGAUGUUGGAAGAGUACAUGUCGAAGCUGGAGGAGACAGAGAGGAGAAUGCAAGAGACUGGUAAAGAUGUUACAUCGAGGGAAACCGAGAUUGUAGAUCUUAAAGAGACGAUGGAGAGUCUACGUAACCAAGUAGAGAUGAAAGGAGAAGAGAUUGAGAGUUUGAUGGAAAAAAUAAGUAAUAUCGAGGUUAAACUCCGUAUGUCGAACCAGAAACUGAGAGUAACCGAACAAGUGUUAACGGAGAAAGAAGAAGAGUCGAAGAGAAUAGAAGCGAAGCAUUUAGAGGAACAAGCAUUGCUCAAGGAUAAAAUAGCAACAACACACGAAACAUAUCAAGGUUUGAUCAAAGAGAUAUCGGAGAGAGUGAAUUCGACAUUACUAAACCGGUUCCAAACCGUGUCUGAAAAACUUGUGGAGAAGCACGAAAGCUACGAAGAAACAGUUGUUGAAGCGACGAAGAUGCUUUUGACGGCGAAGAAGUGUUGGCAAGAGGACAAAGACGGUAACAAGGAGCUUGAAGUGACCUUGCUCUGUUCUCAUAUGUAA